ACUGCUACCCUCCUAAAACCAUUUUCGACGACGCGUACGACACAUUCGUGGCAGUAUUACGGUGAUCGCAGUGGUACGACGAACGGCCGUCGACAUGGACGCGAAGCCCGCGGAUCACCGAAAGUCUAAACGUGAUUUCCGAUACGCCGAAUCUCAACUACGAAAUCUCAACACGAAAAUCGACAAACUGUUGAACAAACUAGACGAGAAAGAACAAGACGAAGCAAAAACGCCGGAAGAAGAGUGCGUGAUAUGCGUCAACUCGAAGGCGACGAUGCAGACUUGGCCGUGCGGUCACCGGGUGGUGUGCCGCAAAUGUCUGGUGCGCACCAUCCAGAUAGCCGUGUCUCGGCGGUCGUUGCCGUUGCGGUGCGUCGUUUGCCGCGCACGCGUGUUGCGCCUCAAGAGAUCGUCGGACCCGCGGACCGCGUCCACGGCGGUGGCGGUCUGCACGUCGGACGGCGGCCGUGACGCGGCCGCCGCGGCCGGCCGGUCGCACAGCUUGCCGACAAAGCUCCGGCGGCAUGUGACCGCCGCCGUGGCCGUCCGGUCCCGGUCGGUCGGCACAGGCAAAACGAGUCACGUGCGGCGGACAACCAGCGGCGGCUGCGGUGGUGGCAGUAGCGGCGGACGGCGGCACAACUUUUCCGGAUGGGCCGACGCGUUUGCAACGGACGACGACGACGACGACGACGAUGACGACGAAGACGAAGAGGACUACGACGUCGGCAAUGGCGUUGCCGGAGGUGGUCGCUACCAAAUGCUCGCCACUUCCGUUAAAUACAGCAAACUGGAAUCAACGGCGGACCGGAUGAGACACGACAAUCAAUCGAAAAACGGCCUACAGAGGAUACUUGGUAAAUUCAAAUUCUGGCGAUUGUUACGUUUUAAAAACAACAAACCGUAACGACUGUGCACAUGGCGAUUUAUAUUAUGCGGAUAGGUAUUAUAGUUUUGACCACGUAGAGCGCACUGUGUUUACUACAAAUUAACGGAUAUUUGACCGGUGGUAACCGAUGACUUAUAUUAUACUAUAAAUAUUUUAUCAUGUACAUACAUAAUAUUAAUAUAAUAAUAUAAUAAAGUGAUUGAUUUUUAAAAAGAUCCAUAUUAUUUUUCCAUUUGUGGAAAUCAAAAUGACCGACGGUUAGCUCAUAUAAAAUUAUUAUCAUCAUAAUAUUGUAACGAAUAAAAUCCGAUUUCUUAUUAUUUUUUUCAUAGCAAUAAUAUAUUAUACAGUACAUUUGAAUUUUAAUAUAAAUAAUAACUUUGCAAUAGUAAGUAUUAAUGAGUUCGUGUAGUUUGGUCUCUCGAUAGGUACAACAUCAGUUAAACUUUCCUGAAACAAACAGAACAUAAAUAAAUACGGAGUGUGAAUUAAAUUAUAAAUUCAAAUAUUCAUGACGCUGAAAAGCGCUGUAUACAACAUAACACGAAUGUUAAAAAUAUUUCAUUUGACCCAUUAAAUAAUAGAACCCUUACACACGGUUACAUUUAAACGUUCGUUAUUAUUAUUAUUAUUAUUAUUAUUAUUAUCAUAGUGUAAGAAAAAUAAAACUAUUUUUAAUGUGUAAUAUUGUGUGUAGUGUAUUUGUACUUAAGGCUUCCACUUUUUUAAACCUCAUUUCUGUGAUUUAUAUUUGUAUAUGUGUAAUGUAUAUGUAGCGUAAUAAUAUAGCUGAUCUUGUAUCUAAACUAUAGAUUUAAGGAUGUAUUAAUUAUUAAUUCACGAAUUAAGUCUGAUAAUGUUUGUUUUCUUUGUUAGUCAAACGACCAAUUUUAUAAAAAUACAAUAACAAUUAGACGUAAAACUAUUGUAAUAGAGCCUAUGAUAUUAUAUUAUAAAACCUAUUUUAUGUAUAUUGUAACAACAUUUUCAUUCGAAUAAAUCUCUUAGUGUUUUAUA